ACCCUCAUACUCUGGUCCGCUUCGUUCACAGUCGAUUUCAAUCAUUGUUUUGCCCCUAUUUCAUCUGUUGUUGUUAGAUUAUCACUAUUUCGAUCAUGGGCAAGGCUUCGGCGAAUGUCUUAUUUGAUUCUUUACACAAUAGUUGUUGUGACUUAGAUGUUCAGAAAAAUCCUGAGUUAGAGAGUUUCAGGAGUAUCUUGGAGUUUAUGGGUCGUAUUUCUAUCAAGAAAGCUUUGACUGAUCAAAGGCCUAUCUACAGAUCGCACAUUGAUCGAUUCUGGAAAAAUGCCACAUACGAUGAGGAAAAUAAAGUAAUUUCUUCGGUGGUGGAAGUUCAUGGAAAGAUGGAAACAAUUUUGGUGACUGAAGCUCUAGUACGCGAAGUGGUCAACUUUCCUGAUGAAGCUAAUUAUCCAACACGGUUUCCCGAAAGGAUGGUGAAAGGGUGUAUGCUGAGGUUGGGAUACAGAGGAGCUUUAAAUACCGGAAAUUAUCUAAAGUCGAAGUUCCAGAAGUCUUUCAAGUUUCUCAUUCACUGUAUUUUGAUUUCCUUAAGUCAUACGAAAGGAAGUUACGACCAAAUGAGAGACUAUCAGAUGAACAUGUUGACAGCUUUGGUAUUGAAUAAGAAAUAUAACUUCUCUCACAUCGUUUUUCACUACAUGGCAGAGAACAUUACUACCAAAGUCAGGGCGUGGAAGUAUCCAAGGUUUGUACAAAUGUUGAUAGAUCACGCAUAUCCGGAGAUUGAUAGGAAUAUUAAAGACGAUUUAUUGGUGCAAGCUCACAUGUCUAACAAGACACUAAAGCAGUUAGUGAAUUAUCAUCCGAAUCAUCCAGAGCCAACACUUGUUGUCGAGCCAUUUGGUUGUAUUAAAGAUGCAAAAUAUGUUGAUCCGGAUCCAGUGAAUCAUCAAAACUGGAGGAAUGAGGAAGAAAUGAAAGAGGCAAUAUAUGCUGAUGAGCUGAAGAUUCUCGAAAAUUUCAAAACCACGAAGAAUGAAUGGUACGUGAAAGAGUUUGGGAGAAGACGCAGAUUGGCGACUCCUACAGCAGAACAGGGUGAAGGAUCAUCGUCUAAACCAAAGAAGAAACAAAAGAAAACGGCUCGAACUAUGUUGUUAGAUGAGCCUGAAGAAGACAAUCCUGUUGUUGAUGUUGAAAAGGAACAAGAUGUAAAUGCUGAAGAUGUUCCAUCUAACACUGAUGUUUUGAUUGAUAUUGAUAUGCUUGAAACAGGGCCAGAUUUUGUUGCAAAUGUUGUACAGACUGUAACUGCUGAAGUUCAGAAAGAGAAAGAAAAGGUUAUAGAUGAUAUUGAAGGUGACGAUAUGGACAAAGACACAACUAGUUCAUCAAGUUCAUCAGAUGACGAAGUUGUAGAUGAGAAUGAACGUCAGAGAAGGAUGAAGGAGGAGAUAGAAAAAGAGAAGUUGCUCAGGAAAAGGAAAAGAUUAGAAAAGGAUGAUGAUGCUCCUUAUGUUCCUUCACCAGAGCAUGUUACUGAAUCACAAUCAACUCCAAAAGUUAGAAGGAAAGCUGGUGGUCGAAAGAAAGCAACUCCAAAGAUCAGAGUUUCGAAGAGACCUCAGAAGAUUGUGCAAAAGAAGCAACCAGAAAAAGAAAGUCAAAAGCCUCCUACACCUCCACAUGAACCAACACCACCACAAUCACCUAUUCACCAAUCUCCACCAAGACAACCUACCCCUCCACAACAAUCAUCACCACCCAGACUUCCCACACCUCCAAGACAACCAUCACCUACUCCUCAAUCAACACCACCACAACAACCAACACUUUUCUCUUCACAAGAUUUAUUCGGUACACCUCCACUCACUCAAUUGCAACCUGGUUCUUCUAGCAGAGGUCUUCAAACUCCGCAAGAUAAUUUGUUGGAUAUUGGUGACUUUGGUUUUGCAAACAAUGAUCAAGUGUUGAAGUUGGAAAAGAAAAUGGAGAAUGUGAUAGCUGAAAACAAGAAGUUGGCAACUGAGAAUAAGAAGGUAGCUGAUAGAGAAAAACUUCUUGCGGCUCGUGUGCAGAAGUUAGAAAGUGAAAAUAAAGAGUUGGUGAAGAAAGUUGAAGCUGAUCAAACAGAGAUUGAUAUCUUAAAGGUUCGUGUGACUGAGCUUGAAGAAGAAAAGAAUCGACGUGAUGAUCAGAAUGAAUACUUCAAGCUAAAAAACAAAGAGCUUGCAGCAUCUAAGGCUUUAAGGGAUCAUGAAUUCUAUAUGCUGAACAGAGUAGUAGAAAGCAUGCUUGGAACGUCGGUCAAUCAAAAGUUUGAAGAAUUGAAAGUUCAAGACCUUCGAGCUGAACGUCAAGCUGAAAUAGAAAGAUAAAUGAAGGAUAAGGGUAAAGGAGUUGAAGGAAGUUCAUCUGUGCCUGAAAUGGCUUUAGUACCUUCGAUGGUUACAGAGAAUCCUGAACCGAUAUCUGCAGUUUCUGGUUUGUUCGAAGAAGAAACACCUAUGCAUGAGUUGAUAGGUGAUGACGAUGAGGAAGAUGAUGAAGAAGAUGAUGAUGAUGAAGUAGUGUUCUCUGCUAGCAGUCAUAGUUCAAAAGGUGACGAUGAUUGUGACAACCCUCAAAUUUACAUGUAACCGUACAGUUUAUUAAUGAUAAUAAAAGCACUUGAUGA